CGUCCUGAGGCCUACUACCGAGAUCUCGUCGCUGCCGUUACGUAAAAAGCGUUAACGUACAAUCGACCGAAAGAUCGUCUCGUCAUUGUAUUUCUUUUCUAUCUCGAGUUGUUUUCGGAGCUACCAUCCACGUGCAUGUCACAGCGUGUCGCGCGUGCACUUCCAUUCACUUCCGUUCUCGCUGCAUUUCGCGCAAAUUCGAGGUUAGGCCGCGCUUGCUGUUAGGGCUGCGUUCCGAAAUUCACUGUCAGUACUGAAAAUCUAUAGCAUACGUAACGUAAACUAUAGAUUUUUUAGUAUGUACAUACUGGCAGUAUGUAUCGCAAUGCAGCUUAGCACGAUUGUGUUGGCUCAGUUCCGGUGACGAAGACUGCCAUUGUGUUCUUUAAAUGACGACGAAUUCGUGACAACACGUGUCUCGGUCUUUUGUAAGAGUAUCACCAUGAACGCCAGAACGCAACUCUUUGAAUUGAGCAUGGAAGGACGUCAGGUGGACGAGGCAGUGGCAAGCAUAUUUCAUAGCGUGUUAUUUCAUCGAAGCCUCGGCAAAUUCAAGUACAAACAAGAGGGCAGCUACUCGGUGGGCACUGUAGGAUACCAGGAUGUGGACUGCGAUUUCAUUGACUUCACUUAUGUUUGCUGCUCGUCGGUGCAUCUCGAUCAAACAUUGAAGCGCGAGAUAUCGGGUUUUUCGGAAGCAUUGCGCUCCACCGAUAGUCCGGGCUCCGGCCAGAUAUCCUUAGAAUUCUUCCAGAGGAAAAAGAGUCGCUGGCCGUUCCAACCGGAGUGCAUACCAUGGGAAGUGUGGACCGUGCGUCUUGAACUCAUUAAACUGGCUACCGAGCACGAACGACAGAUAUGUCGGGAGAAGGUCGGUGAUCUGCUAACCGACAAGAUCCUCUACAUCACUGAGGUCAUGAAUCGGCACGAUUACAUCCCGAAAGUGCCGAGUCAGGCCGAGCUGGAUCUGAUCUUCGAUACCUCGUAUCCAGACAUACAGCCGUAUCUCUUCAAAUUGUCCUUCACGACCUCUAGUCCGUCGACCACCACGAUGGGCAACACCAUGAAGAAAUUGAUUAGAGAGACGCUAUCCAUUUAGUCGUUAUAACUUAUAGUGUAAACUUUUCACGUUAGUGCAUUCGUAUAUAGCUUGCUAAAGUCAUCGAUACGCAAAUUUUACUUUUCCUCUUUCAUCCACACAAGUUUCUGCACUGCACUAAGCGACUUUCAGAUUUUUGUAUCCACAGUGACUUUAAUCUGCCUCCGUAGUUGUUAUAAGUUCCGAGGAAAAUACUAAAUUUGCGUUAUGAAGGAAACAGAAUGGUCCCAAGUCUUCGACCACUCGCUACCAGUGGAAGCUACUAAAGGUACUCGGAGUACUUUGCCUAUGUGGUAGAUUCUGCUGGAUUUUGUAAGUUCCGUAGUGUCUCUUAUAACGAAAACAAUACUUCGUGUAUAUCGCAGGGACUUCCGCUGCUCUGUGUCUCUAAUGUCUUUAUAGUACAAAUGAACAACACUGUGACACUUGCUUCUUUUGUACUUUACUAUGAAUGUCCAUCGCAUAAUUUUAGCAGGAUCACGUUAGUCACGUUUUAUACAAUGUUUUAUCUCCUAACUUUCACCACUUAAAUCUCCACAGAUAAUUGUUGUGGUAAAAUGACAUUAUGUUCCUCUUUCGCUUUUCAUCCUUUUCAAAUGCUGUGUAUAUUGUAGAAUAGAUAUUCGAUCGAUAAUUUCCUUUAAUAGACGAAGAAUUUUUGCGCGUCACAUAGUAACGAUAAUUUGAUUUAGAAUAAAAAUACACAGAUUUCGAGUCUAUAGUUGAAGAGCAAAAUGUCUUCAGAUUCUUUAAUGUCUAGUAGUGUCUUUGAGAACACUGAACUUAAAGAUAACUCGUAACCUACUUCUUGAUAAAUUCCUCCGACUACACGACGGCUGUAUUCGGCGCUAUUGUACGCUCUGUUUUUCAGUCACUAAUAUUGAAAGUCUAUAUAAUUAACCUAAACUCUUUGACGAUCACAGAACGCUUGGAUUAUUCUGCAUAUGUACAUAUAUAUAUAUAACGUGUUAAAUGCACACGACGUGUAUACACGUGCGUUUGCAUACAAAGCUGCAAUUAUUUUCAUCAUAAAUUUAAUGCUGAAUAUCCGAUUGUGUCCAAUACUAAAUUUAGUAAUAUGGAAGUUGCUUAGUGACCGGGUCACAUUUAGCGUUAAAUGUGCAGAAGAGCAGAGCGUUUAUUAUAAUUAUGGUGUAUGCAUGAAAGCGAUUGUUAUUUAUUUUCACGAGUGAUGAUACGUGACGUUAUACCAGACGUUACAUGUAUGCAGAUUAGCAAAUGCGGUUAUUUACACAUUACUCUUUUUUUUCAUUGAUUUUAAGUUAUAAUAAUCAAAUUGUAAAUUAAUAAUUAUUAAGCCCGCAAUAUCGAAGCGCACCGAGUGAUACGAAAGAACCGCACGAAAAUUCGCUGUCACGAUUACAUUUUCCCAGACGUUUCGUGCCUUCGUAUCGAAUUUUUGAUAGGGAAAUUAAUGUGCUAGGAGACUGAAAUAUGUACCAGAUGAUAGCGUAUUAUUUAUUGAGCUCGAAACAUCUCUUAUCUCGUAAAAUGUGGAACAGUCUCUCUCGCGCGACAGAAGAUAAAUCUGUGAUCCUUCUCGGAUUCGAGGUGAUUUUGUUCUAUUUCUCAUACAAGUGACAAAUGUGUGCCGUUAACGUCGUGUCGUUUUAGGAUUUUCAAGCUAAACGGAAGGUGCAACGGCGGAUGUUCGGAACGACUCGGUCGGUGGUGACCCACACCGCGAUCACACAUUAUAUUAUACAAUGUAAAUAGCAUCCGAGGAAUAUUGCCGUAAAUCAAAUCAUGUCGUGCCGAGAGGGUCUCCACGCGUUCCGGGAUCCGCUCCUUGGCCUUGCCUAUGACCAAUCAACAAAGAUAUCACGACGCAUUAGUAGUGCACAUACCUUAUGAAUUAACCAUAGACGAGAAGCAUACUGUUAAUUUAAUGAUUAAUCAUGUAUCGUCCCUAUUGCUUUUUUUUCUCUGCCGAUGUUUUUUAAGUAGUUUAAUAUAUAAUUGCGACUUAUAGCUGAAUGUUUCGCGACUUGAGCUUACGUCGAUUGGAUCUAUCCUCUUGAGAGUGUUUUUUUUGUCUAUUGAUUAGAAGAAAAAAAUGAAAGGAAUCCACAGUGGUCGUCGAUAGUCCGCCGCUCUCUCUCUGCGAUUCCGUGUAGAAACUCGACCACAGCUCUUUCCCUUGCACUAUCUGGCUUUUACUUUUUACAAUUAUAUGACGUGCACUAUACAUAUAUUGUAAAAGGUAAAAAAGAAUCACGGUGUGAAGUCGCGAUAUGACAUGACAAAGAGAAGCGUGCGUACAUGUGCGUAUAUAUAUAUAAUAUAAAUAUGGCAUAUAGAAAAAACACAAAGAGAGAGAGACAGAGAGAGAGAGAGAGAGAGAAAAAUAGAGAAAGAAGGAACGAAAGAGCGAACGAAUGGCCACGUGUGCGUGUGUAAAGUUUUGCGAGUUUGUCAAAUUGCCACACAUGCUGUUAUAAAUAAAAAAUUAUAAAUAUAUAUAAAUAAUAUAUAUAUAUAUAUAAAUAUAAAUAGCAAAAUAGAUAAAACCGAGACCUGUAUAUUAUAAGCAGCGAGACAAAUGUGACAAAAUGUGUAGUGUAUAGUGAGAAAGAUGAAAUAUCUGCAAGUUUUAAUUUAUCAUGAUGAGUACGCUGACGAUAAAUGAUUAAUUCUUAAUAAAUUACUGUAUUUUAUAA